GGCGCUUUGGUUGGCGCAGCCAAAAUAAGGCCCCCCUCGUUAAAUUGUGCAGAGAGAGGGAGAAGAAAGCGAAAAAUAAUAAUAUCUAUCUCUCUCUCUCUCUACCCUCCAUUUUCUCUUUCUAUUCGGCUUCGCUUUCCUCUGGCCUCGGCGGUCCCAAAUUGAACACGGGGAGGGCUUGUCCGUGAUGCGAUUCUGAGCUCCAAGAUCGGUCUCGAGAGGAUUCAUUUUGGAGGGCUCUGUUCAUUACCCUGACGAUCAGGAGAUUGAGAAAAUGGAACACGAUGAGACAGGAUGCCAAGCUGCCCCCGAGGGUCCAAUUCUAUGCAUCAACAACUGCGGCUUCUUUGGAAGUCCAGCUACCAUGAACAUGUGUUCCAAGUGUCACAAGGACAUGUUGCUGAAACAAGAGCAGGCCAAGCUCGCCGCAUCAUCCAUUGCAAACGCCGAGAAUGGAUCAUCUUCAAACACUAUUGCGAAUGAACCUGUUGCUGCUGCCUCAGUGGACACCCAGCUUGAUACAGUGGAGCUCAAGACCAUCUUCGAACAGCCAGCCUGUGAUUCAGUGCCAGUGGCGACCGUUGAGAAGCCGAAGGAGGGCCCGACCCGUUGCAGCUUGUGCAAGAAGCGGGUUGGUUUGACGGGCUUUAGUUGCCGGUGUGGUAAUAUCUUCUGUGGCACCCACCGCUACUCUGACAAGCACGACUGCCCGUUUGAUUAUCGCAGUGCUGCCCGUAAUGCCAUUGCAAAGGCCAACCCUGUUGUCAAGGCUGAGAAGCUCGAUAAAAUAUAAGACGUGCGUGGGGAAGAAGAAGAUGCAAUGUGCUGAAAAUCGAUGCUUUAUUUCGACUCCAUGAGUGACGUUUCUCGGAUCAGCUGCAUUAUGUAUCAGGUGUCUGCUUGGUUUGUUAUAUUUGCAGAGGGAUGAUGAUGGUGGUGGUGUUAGGACAUCUCCACAGUAAUGAGGAACUCUACGAUCCCAAUCUUCUCUUGCGAUGGCUCGAAUGUGCCUUUAGCUCUCUGAGAAUGAGGUGGUUUGAUGGACAAUGUCGUGGUUGGCUCUGUAAUGUCUCUGCUUUUAAGAUGUUCCGUUGUCUCUCUUGUGCUGCACGGUCGAAAGGGUAAUACGCAAUCUCUUGAACCCAAAGGAAGACGUCCUUUGAAUAUCAAUCAGUAUGAUUGGCUUUGUGUAUUGUGGCUA